CAAAGCUUGUAAUUUAAUUGUUCACUUAAAGCCGCUAAUAAGAGUGUGGAUGUAUUUAUUUGACUUUUAAAUUGGACGGGGCUCCGCAGGGAGGUAUCGCGUUACCUGUGCUUUUUUCGGAGUGCGUUGUCGAUGCGCGAUUUUUCCGGAUUAAUUGGUGUUAUGGUACGACGGAUUUUUUGCUGAUUUUUGAUUGGUUGGGGCCGAUGUUGUUCAAUAUUUCGACGUAUUCCGACUACACGCCGCUGCCCUCGUAUGAUGAGGUGAAGCGGUCAAGGCCCGAUGCCACUUCGGACCCGUCAGAUCGUGAUCGAUUGGCGGUGGGCGACAGCGCCUGCAGUCCGCAAAGCGGCCACUCCUCCUCCACCUGCAGCUCACCCCCGGCCACCGCCUCCACCGCCACCAACCACGCCGAUGUUUCGUCAACGACGUCGACGUCCUCCACCUGCGUCCCGCCGAACUUCACCUCCUCCUGGUCGAUACUGGGCGAGACGACGGGCAUCAAAAGCGAAAUCAGGAGUCCGGGAUUGGCGGACAGCGAAGUGGCGGCGCUCUCUCAGGAUCCAUUAGCGUUCUACGGAACGGCGGCGGAACUGGGGAACUUGUACGAUAAGGAGUACAGUCAAUCGUACUCGGCUCAACAGUAUUACAACAGCAUGCAACAAGCUUACGGCACAACGAACUCCGCGACGUCCUCCUACAUGAACCCAUCGUCUUUCUACAACGCAUCCUCGUACCCGUACUCAUCCCUGGGCUCGUCGAGGGGGUUGAACCCUUCGUGUAAGGCCAGUUCAGGGUACAUAGCAUCCCCAUACUCGUCGCCAGCGUCGCCCUUCCAAGGAAGCGGACAAGGCCAGUACUCGCCCUACGCAUCGUACACAGCACCGGGGUCAUCCACGUUCGCACAAGGCUUUUCCGCACAGGGGGUCGAGUACGGGACGUACAGUUCGGCCUACAGCGACUCGCAAACGCCUCAGUACGCCUCAAGCUACUAUGCUUCGCAGACCUAUUCACCCUAUGUUAGUUCGCCGAGUUCGAGCGGCAGUCUGGGGGCCUCGUCGUACCAGUUGGCGGCUACUUCCGUCCCAGACAGCCCCUCGAACGGCAUCACCCUCACCGACGGUUCGGCGUCCCCUCUGAAGGCCGACAGCGCGCGGCGCUCCCGGGAGCCCCCUGCCCUGGGCGCGGAACACAGGGGCACCCGCGGCAGGGGCAGACGCACCAACACCGUGUCCCCCACCACGCCCGAGUCCACCACGGACCGGGUGUUCAUCUGGGACCUGGACGAGACCAUCAUCAUCUUCCACAGUCUACUCACCGGCGGCUUCGCCAGCAAGUUCCAGAAGGACGCCGAGAUCGCGUCGCAGCUGGGGCUCAACAUGGAGGAGCUGGUGUUCAAUCUAGCCGAUGCGCAUUUCUUUUUUGGUGAUAUUGAAGAUUGUGAUCAAGUGCACAUCGACGACGUGUCGUCGGACGACAAUGGACAGGAUUUGUCGAAUUACAAUUUUAGUUCGGAUGGGUUUCACGCGUCGGCGUCCAUCACGGGGGGGAACUUGUGCCUGGCGACGGGGGUGAGAGGGGGCGUGGACUGGAUGCGCAAGCUGGCGUUUAGGUAUAGGAAGAUCAAAGAGACUUACAAUAAUUACAGGAACAGUGUUGGCGGCCUGCUGGGAUCCACGAAGCGCGAGCGGUGGCUGCAGCUGCGGGCGGAGAUCGAAGCCUUGACUGACAAUUGGCUGACGUUGGCGAACAAAUGCCUAACGUUGAUUAAUUCAAGGACGAAUUGUGUGAACGUCCUGGUGACGACCACGCAGCUGAUUCCAGCGUUAGCCAAAGUACUGUUAUUUGGUUUAGGCGGUGUUUUUCCUAUCGACAAUAUUUACUCAGCCACGAAAAUAGGGAAAGAAAGUUGUUUCGAGCGGAUAGUGGCGAGGUUCGGACGAAAGUGUACAUACGUAGUGAUCGGCGACGGGCAGGACGAAGAGGCGGCCGCAAAAGCAAUGAAUUUUCCGUUUUGGCGGAUAUCGAGCCAUAGUGAAAUAGCGGCAUUGUACAAUGCGCUAGAUAUGGAAUUUUUAUGAUUUAAUUUUAUGCGACGAUUUUUAUACUUUUUGUUUUUUUAAGGAGAUUCUUUAUAUGUUUUGUGGAUGUAUUAUAAAUGUACAUAAUAAAAAAUUGUAAUAAAUGUCAGAUAUUAUUGUUGCGGGGGAAAUAUUACGAAAAUUGUGGACUGUGAUGAUGUUUUCGUAAUAUUUUUGAAGUGACGUAUAUGUGCUAAUAAAGCAAUUAUUUUAUACUUUCGUGGAUUAAGUGCACAUACACAUGUACUCGAUACAAUGCAGAACAUGGCGGAUACCAAAAUGAUAUUCAUACUUAAAACUGCUUCAACUGUAAGUUAGAUUGUUUUCAUAUAAAUGUAUAAAUCUAAUAAAUUGUAUAUAAUAUAUUAA